AUGGGGCAGUCGAAUUCUACUGGCUACCACCCCGGGGCGGAGGAACCGCCGGGAAGACGAGGAGGCAGUGUUUCGGUUUCUGUUCCUCCUCUCCGUCAUUCUAGUCCUUCUUUAUCCGAUCAAAUGCUGCUUGCAAGUCUGCACACUCGGCAAAAGCAAUUGCCUAGAGGUGCGAGCAGCAGCGGCAUCAAUAAUAUAAGUCGACCCUCUCACGCUGCCCCCCCUCGUUCAAAUUUCGCUUAUUAUUCACGAAAUCGCGACUGCAAUUCUCUCCCUGCCUCCUCUGCUGCCUCUCCCUGUGGUUCUCGUACUCCUUCUCUUUCAUCUGUCUCAUCAGUUUCUGCGUGUUCCCCUUCUCCUGAUUCUUCUCCUUCUCCUUCGAGGCAGCAGUCCAUUACUUUCGUCGAUCCCUCCCGCCAAGGCCCUUCUUUUAUAGCGUGGAGUCCUCAACAAGCAGCAGAACGGCGGCUGCAACGCACGGCCUCAGCCCCCCGCCUGCCUCAUAGUAGCGAAAUUGAGCAGUACCUCCUGCCUGAAGACUCGACUGUUUACAGCCCCGCUAGACGCCCCAGAGCCGCACAUGACGCAACAGCUGCUCCUGCAGCAGCAGCCACUGCUACACCAGCAGCAGGAGCAGCACAAGCAGCAAGAGCAACAGGAGCAGCAGCAUCAGUAGUUAUUGCGCCUCCUUUUGCAGUUGAUUCUGUUGUAUUCAAUUCUGUUGCGCAGAGUUCGCAGCCCCGCGAGCCUUGCUUAGUGGGUUGGUGUGAGGUGGAGUCUCCAAAGGAGAUGAAUAUAAUAUCGACGGGCUCUUUGUUAUUCCGGUGUACGUACUGCAAUGGAGUACUGCGCCGCACGAAGAAUUACAUUUCCACAUGGCCGAAAGUUUUAUUCUGCGAAGCAUGCAGAUCUCUGCCUCAGUGCAACUCCUGCUGCAAGAAGGCAGUUCCCUUCUUGUAUAUAGGGGCUGAAGGGAAGCCGCUCUGUUCUCCCCCCUUAUUAAACUUUGGGGGCUUGUCUGCAUGCGGCCAGUGCCGCCUGAUAAACCCAAUAGCAGAUGAAAGCUCGCUGCAGCAGCAGCUGCUGAAAGCAAGGCAGCUGCUGCGGAGUUUAUUUGAACUUCAAUUUACAAAUCGCCUCGUAGCCCCUCAUAGACAGCCUGCGGUUCGCUCUUGUCUAGAAGCCCUCAGCCGCGCCUUUAACCAACAAGAUGCAUGCACUGUACAACUCAGCUACAUCCCUACAGAGGAGGAGCUCACCCGGACGUCGCAGUAUAUAAAAGAAGGAAGCAGCAGCAACAGCAGCAGCAACAGCAACAAAAAAGAAGAAAAAGAAAGGCUCUGCAUGCGCAGCAACAGCGCAGAAGAAGUGCAGCAGCUGCCUUUCGAUGUUAUGCCCGUAUGGCACAUGCAGCUGGCGAGGGCUGCUGGGGUCUCCAAUAUCUACGGGCGGUGUGAAACGAGGGCUUUGACGUUUCCUGCUGUUUCUUUUGAAGAAGAAAAGGAAAGAAAAGAAAAAAUAAAAGAAACUGAUACAAUACAGAAAACCACCUCUAUGACAACCCCAACAACACCCAUAACAACGGAGUCAAGGACAGCAACAACAGCAACAGCAGCAACGACAGCAGCAGUAACAACAAAAACAAAGCAUACGAUACAGCCUAGCCGAACGUAUCAUGUUGUUCAAAGGAUUUUGCUUUCGCGUGGUUUGCCUGAGGCUCUUUUAGAGGGGCAUUUAGUGCAUGAAUUGCUGCAUGCAUUUAUCUGGCUGGAUUCAGAUGGAUGUGAGUCUAUGAAGAUUGAUCUGGCAGCAGAAGAAGGCCUUUGCAACUGCAUCUUAGCCUGUGCUUUGCAAGUAAAGGUGGAAACAUUGCAGAAAAAGAGAGAAAAUAUCAUGAGACAGCUUCUUAAAAGAGGAAUUAAACCCAAAACAAACCCAGGAAACAAAGAGAUAGACGGAUUAAAAGAAACACGUGCCUUCUUGCAAGCUGUUCGCAGUCUACGACUUGAGAGAAGCGAACAAGAAGAACAAGAAGAAGAAAAGGAGGAAAAAGAUGAAAUUAAAGACGCAGAAACAGCAUCACAAAAGGAGGCAUCUGCCCGUACACCUCAGAUUCUUUCAGAAAACGAACAAGAGGCGAACGAAGCCUUUUCAGUUUCUAAUAAAGACUUGCAUUUAAAUGAAGAAUCCGAAGAAGGUGUCCAUACACCCCAAUUAAAGACAACAGCAGGAAAUGCAUAUUCAACGCUAUUUGAACAGCAGCAAGAAAUAGAAGAAGAGAAUGGAGGUAAAAGAGACGAAGAGGAAGCAGAAGAAAGGUCUUUGAGUGUUUUUCGUACUGAGUACGAUCUCUACGUAACUGAAUAUGAAUUAAAAGUAGUAAACAGAAGACUAGCAGAGAUGGAGAGAGACAAAGAUCCCGCCUAUGGCGAAGGAUAUCGAACAACUCGAAAACUCGCAAUGCAAACAAAAAUGAAAAAACUCGUCUCCAUUCUAAAUGCAUUCGGGCACACCAUAAACGCAUUCGUACACGCAGCACAAACAUGUGCAUAA